GAGCCUCCGCGUUCGGCUCGGUCGGCGGCUCCCGCCCCCUUGAGCUGCAAGGUCGGAGCCCGGCUGUCCGCGGCGCCAUGGACAGCUUCCUGGAGGAUUAUAAGGAGGCACCGGCGGUGGUAGUGGGGGGGAAGAGAAGGAGGAGGAGCCCCGCCACUCAGGCGGUCUUGCAGCCGCUCCUGCACCUGCCCUUCCUGCCGCCGCAGCCGGUAUCUUCCAAUGAAUACAAGUUAAACUUCAAGAAGAGCAAGGAAGCAUGUUUAAGUUACAUUCAGGAUGCCUUGCUCCAAAAGCAGUGGAAAAGAGCUGCAGAGUUCCUGACCUGCUAUGUUGAGUCACUAGAGAAGGACUAUUCCAGAGAACACAUAGGUCCAUCAGAGAUGAUUUGGAGAAUAGGAACUGAAAUUUUGUGGCAUCAUUCCCAAAGCAGGAUGAAAGAGUUCAACUGUUUCAUGGAACAGAUGAAAACUUUAGGAGUAAAAAGGUACUUGAAGGUCUGCUUGGAGCAUGUCUUCCAUCUCCUCUGUAAUGGGCAAAUAGAUGAAGCAUACCAGAACCUGUCCCUGGCAGAAAGCUGGAGGUUUGGAGAGCAAACAGCCAUUCAGGAUAAGGAAAUUAAGCUGAUUCAGGCUUACAGGGGACUCUUGGACUACUGUAGCUGGUCUAAGCAGAAGAAAAUCCUGUUAGAGCAUGGUGAGGAUGGAUUUGCAGACUUGGCUGUUGAGCAGGAAAUGCACGGUUACUUCCGGAAGGCAGCAGUGAACUUGAAGGAGAUUAUUAAAAUACCUGGAGUCUGGGAUGUCUUUGUGAAAUGCUAUGUGGAUUUGCUGGAGUUCUAUGGAGAGCACAAUGAGGCCCGCCAAGUGUUAAAUGAAUAUGCCUACAACUCAAAGUUCCCUGCUAACCCAAAUGCCCAUGUCUACCUCUAUCAGUUCCUCAAGAGGCAGGGUGAAUCAAAGAAAUCCCUCAUAUCUGCACUGAAGAUCUUGCAUGAUAUUGUUCCUUCUCAUGAACUAAUGAUAGAUUUUAAUACCAUGCUUCAAAAAUCAAAGAAAAGAAAAAAGCGUCAGCUGGGCCUAGAAGUUAUUUUUGCAGCCUUGGAUUAUGCUGGCUGGAAAGAAAAUGCAAAAGCAUGGAGCUGUUUGGCAAGACAGGUGAAACAAAUUGUAAUCUCCGAGAAGCAUCUUGACUGGAUCAAGCAAGAGUGGAACUCCAGGAAGGACUGGUGGCCAGACUUCCAUUUUAGCCGUUACUUGGCAAAAAGGAAUUGGCAGGAAAAUAAAAGCCUUUCAUAUGAAAAAGCUCUGGUGGCUGGAAUCCUACUGGGAAAGGAUUGCAAAUACUUCAAAUAUGUAUCACACCAAGGCUGCAAAACUCGGGUGAAAAGGUUUCGGAUGCUGAAGAAGUUUGUGACUAGGCACAAUCCUGUCUACCUGAGAAUAUCUGGUCCUCCAGAUUCCUCUGUUCAGCCUUGAUGAGGUAUCCCUAAGGUUCUUGGUACUUUUUCCUCUCUGUAAAACUGACUUUUGUGUUGGUCGUACUGCAAAACCUUUAGGCAGACUGUAUUGACUCAGUACUAGACUUUUUUUUAAUAUAUUUAUGUAAAACCACUUUGGUUGGUAUUUAUUUUAUAAUAAAAAGAAUAUAUAAAUCAAGUGAUAAUGUCUGAAGAAAGAAUUACAAAAAGAAUUUCUGUAAUGUUACUCUAAUAUUUGUGUGAAAUGCAAACAGUGUUGAUUUCAAAUACAUCUUAAAAGAGCAGAGGCACAGAAAUACUGAGAAAUUCUCUAUCUCCUGCAAGAGACUUUUUUUUGCAGUCAUGCCCAUGAGUUGAAAUAAGCAGUAUUGCUGUGUUUGGAAAGCAAAUGUUUAUGUGUUAUCACAAAUCAGAAUUCCAGUUUCCUUGAAAACAACAACAAAAUGGCUUCCAAAUACUACUUCUGUUUUAAUGCCGUAUCUGUAGAAUUCUGGAGGGUGAAGUGCUUGAACCUCCCUCUGGGAUUUUGGUCUGGGUUCACAUGGGUCUUGUGAGAAGUGCCUUAAGACAACGUAUCUUAAACAUUAAAUGAAAUACUUGCUGUAA